AUGUGCCCAUCGAGAGGAUGGCUCCUUGCUUGUUUGGUGGCCAGAGCGAGCGCCGCCUGUUCUGAGCCCGUGGAUGCGGGACAGGUCCGAAUUGUGGCGACGAGCCUCUGUCCACAGAUAUUUGCACCGGCCCCGAAGACGGGAGAGGAAGAUUGCUUGCGCGGGCAGCAGGGCCCAUCACACUUCGGCGGGCGUUUUCAGCAAAUUCAAGUUCGCGCGGUGUCCUACGUACCGCGCCCCAUCGGAGUGGCCUCGGGCGCCAAGGACGUCUACACCGCGGCCUUCAAGCGAAUCCACCAGCGGGAUCUCUACCUCAUCGCCAAGGUCCUGAAAGCGAAUGCCGUGAAGCUCGAACCCUGGGAUUCCAAGGAAGACCACCAAGAGUUUUUGCAGCUGUGUCGGGAUCUGGGCCUGUUCGUGAUCCCUACCUUCGACCUGAAGUAUUUCUUCCAGGACGAGUGGUUGAAGCGCAACUCGCUGGAGCGCGAGAAGGAGAUGCUGAAGCAUUUCGACGAGAUGCUGCGAAGCGUCCUGAACAAGGAUCCUGUGCUUGCCUGGACUGUCAACUAUGCUCUGCUUCUGAACGAGACGAUUGCAAAGACUCCCAAGGACUCCUGGAAAGAGAAGGACCCUACGGGUAGGCGCGAGAUCUAUUUCGACAUGAUCACGAAGCUCCGCCAGGGCCACUACCGAAGGGAAUGGCAGGAGGACGACCAGUCCUUUAUGCGCCCCUUCCUGCUGCCCCUCGACCUGGACUCGCGAAUCUCGCAGACGGAUGUUGCCUGGUACAUGGCCUUCGCCGAAACCUAUUGGGGCACCUGGCCGAAGGAUUCCAAGGAUGCCAAGGAGCAGAAGAAGCUCAGCGCCUUCGGGGCAUUCGAUGGCUGGAUUGCCGUCACAAAGCCCCCAUCGUCGCAAAGCGGCGUGGAUGCGACGAAAGAUCAGGCUACUGUUCUGCAAAAGCUUGCUGGCGAGUCCUCAGGGACGCCUUCGCAGACUGCCUUCCCGGAGUGCUUGCAGGAUCCCAGCGGUGGAGGCUGCUUCUACAAGAGCAAGAAGGUCAAGAUUCUGCAGUAUGGCUUUGCUGCCCUACAACAGCUGAAGAUCUCGUCGAAGGGCUACCUGAAGAUGGAGGUGGAUUCCAACUUUCAGCAGACCGCCCUUGCAGACGUAUGGAAGUACACAAAUCUCAAGCCUGCCCAAAAGAAGGUUGAGUGCGACGUGGUGGGUGCAGUGGUUGAUGAGUGGGUCGACGACUGGGAUCGUUGCGCUGCAGAGAGAGGUCUUCCUUCGAAUCCCUUUUCCCAGAACAUCGGCGGGGUUUGCGACGAUAUCGCUCACGACAAGCGUCGUCACAUGGAGUGGUUCGGCCUCAACGCUCAGUACGAUGCCUUCGGGACCUUCGUGGGUUUCUUGAAGAUUGGUCGAAGGUCUCUGGCCUUGUCGGGCUUGAGGCAGUGA